UAACCAGGUCUGCCACUGAUACUAGUAACACCCAGAUGGAUGUAUCCCUCCUAAGAUGCUACUCCAAACAUAGGCAUAAGGUCAGAAUAAAUAAGGAGGAGAAAGAUCUACGCAAUGUCAAUCCUUGGAAAAAAAUAGGAAAUAAUUGUUAAGCUGCCUGAAGCACAAUGAAGAGGUGGCUGGUCUGUAUUGUUUCAUUUCUUCUGUGGAUAUGCUGCACUUCCCAAAGGGUGUGUAAACAACCUGAAAUAGAUUUUGGAGAUAUUGUGAAGAAUACAAAAAAAGAAUAUUGGAUAGGUGACAGAGUACAAUACACAUGCCACCCUGGCUAUGACCUGGAAGGGUCUGACUGGACAACGUGCAAAGAAGAAGGAUGGACGCCUCCACCAAAGUGUUUGGCACCUUGCAGUAUCACAAAACAACAGCUGGAUGACAGAAACCUGCUUUUGCAUGGUGGGCAAAGACGUUCAGAAUUGAUUCGACAUGCCGAUUUAAUGGAAUUUGUCUGCGUUAAAGGAUAUGUCAUCAUAUCUCCUUCAGUCAGAAUGUGUGUUGAUGGGAACUUAGAUUUGCCAUCAUGUGAGCCUUCUGUGCCUGGCACAGAAACUUUCAGCACCGAUGCUACCACUUCCAAGAGGCUGCUACCACUAGCAUGGAAUUUCUCUAACCCAGUCAUAUGCGUUGCCCCUGAAAUAGAGAAAGGUAACUUCCUUCCUGUCCGGAGUGAGUACAACUUUGAGGAGAUCAUCCGUGCUGCUUGCAAUCCAGGAUAUAUGCUUCAAAGCCAUAGUAACACUUUUAAAUGCACAAAAUAUGGCUGGUUACCAUAUCCAAAGUGUAUACCGAAGCGCUGUAACUAUCCCCGUAUAGAGAAUGGAGCACUAUCUUGGUCCAAUACAUACUACAGCGAUGUGUAUUUUCCCAAAAAAAUGGGAGAAAGUAUUCGCUUCAAAUGUAACUAUGGUUUUCUGCCAAGAAACAAACAGAACUGGUAUAAAAUUAGUUGCACCGAUCUUGGCUGGGAUCCGGAACCAGAAUGCUUUAAAAACUGCAUUCCUCCCAAAGUCGUGCCACAUGGUCACGCAAUUUAUGACUACAAGAAUAGCUACAUAGAAGGUGAUAACAUAUCAUUUCAUUGUGAUAUGGGAUAUCAUCCUGAUCAGCAAACAAAAGCCACAUGCACAAAAAAUGACUGGUCACCCCCUGUAAAGUGUUCCUCUAUAGCUGAUCCAAAACGGGAAGAAGACUUUAAUGGCAAACCUUACUAGCACCUGA